CAUAUAAGUUCUUGCAGGUUUUCAAAUACCACAGUCGGAGUGAAGAAAACAAAUAGUUAAACUUGUAACCAUGGUACUAAGAAGGAUUUUGUUUCAACUUUUAGUAAUUACGAUUAUGAAAUACGCGAAAGGACAAAAUAGUGACAACUCUUCUACUGAGAUACCACUACUGGACAAUCAAAAUAUGCCUUUAGUUGCACUGUUCGAUACCACAAAACUUAACGAGGUGUUGGGGGCCGCUAUUAAGAAGACAGUAGAAGAUACCAUGAACGAGAUGAUUCCUCGGAUAAAACAGGCUGUUAUUGUCGACAUUGGAUACGAACCUGGACGAGUUAAGGAAAGGCCAGCUUUUACAGCAUCACUUACAUCCACCCAAAAUUUCGGUGGUAACGGAGUUGUAAUAUUUGACAAAGUAUGGUUAAACAUGGGUAGAGCUUACGAUCACGAGACUGGACUUUUUACUGCUCCUAAAAUGGGACUCUACUCUAUUUCAACAACGGUGAUGUCUAACUAUAACAGCUAUUUACACUGCGAUUUGUGGAAGAAUAAUGAGAAACUGGUCAGGGCUUUCGGUAAUGAUUUAUCGACUGGAACUCUGAAUGUUGUGAUGGCAUUGAAGAUGAAUGACACAGUUUAUGUCAAACAUUUAUACAGUGAUUCGGAAUACAUUUAUGGAGAUCAAAGGUCGACAUUUUCUGGAUACCUCAUUUCCGAGUAAACCAGUAGAAACAUUUUAGAAGAAUUUGAUCUGGAAAAAGAUAAAUGAAGUCGACAAACCACACAUUAUUUUUAGAUAAUGUCAUACUUAUGUUCACUGCAAAUUUCCAAAUGCUAGUACCUUUCUAUAUUAUUUCAAAAAAAUACAUAAAUAUGCAUUUGUUUAGUAAAAGACCGAGAUUUUUAUUAUAUCUAUUUAGUAAUAAAUUAAAAAAAAUCAGAAAAUGAUUUGUUUUAUAUCUUCGUUUAUUUCAGCAAUUCUAGGUAGUAGAAUAGGAUAGAAGUGUUGAUGUGUACCCAUUUAGCUAAACAUGAUUUCUUAAUCAGCAUUAACAUUAACAAAUAAUUAAUGUGAGAAUGGAAAAUUCCUAGACUGAGUUCCUUAAUACAUACAAAGUACAACAUAUAUGUAACUCAUUUACGUUGAUUGUCGAUACAGCCACGAUACUGAAUAUAUAUGAAAUUUUA